CUCCGGCUAUGGCGUCCGAUGGAGCCCAACUGGUGGGGUUCUGACUGAGAAGCGGCGACUUCUGGCGUUUAGUGUCGCGCAGUUAUUUAAAGAAAGGCUCAAAAUCGUUUCCUCUCCCGGAGGUGCCGCUGAGGUCGGCAGACAGGACGCAGGCCUCUCAAAGUGCUCUGGUCCGAAUUUGUGAAGUGUCCGGGUUUUGGACUGAAAGAGGAAGUUAUUGGAGAUAACAUUCCCGUUGUUGCUGAAUUGCGGGUUUAAUCCCAGCCGCUGUCUAUAAGGAGUUCGUCCAUUCUCUCCUGGUGCCACGGCUUCCUCCCCAUUCCAAGGACGUACGGCUCGGAGAAGUUUGGGGGGGUCGACGCGUUUCUUCAUCGACUCUGGUUUCUUCCUCUGUCCCUGCGGCCGCCAGUUUAGAUUCCUGAAGCCCUUUUUUUUUGGAGCAACCAGCUGAUGAUCUCAUCCGGCCAGGAAUUUGAGUGGUCAUCUGUGUGGACAAGGCGACGGGGGAAGGGGGCAUUUUUUCAACAUGGCCAGCACUGGCCUGUUGCUGUGACACCCAGUCUGGUGCCUGUGAGAUUUUGAGCACAGAAGGGUGGAGCUUGGGGGCGGUUGUUGAUGGUGGACAGAGAGGGAUGGGAUUGUUUUGCCAUGGUCACGUAGAAUAAAUGGCAGCUCGUGAGGAGUGGCUUACUGCUUGUCGCUGCUGCUGGUCAUCCCCUCCUUUUCACCAAUCUCUCUCGGACACUCUUCCCGUCAGCGAGCCUGGGACAGCCCCGUGCUCACCAUGGUUAAGUUUUGGAAGUUUGUGCGGAAUUUCCGGCAACUUGAGCUGCACCGGCUGAUCGUGAUGCUCAUGGUAUUCAGCUUGGUCUCCAUGUGCUUCCUGGCCUACUAUGUCACCAACAGCCCCAAGAUCAAGGAGGCUUUGCCUCUGCCCAUCAGCGAUUGCAACAGUCAACACAGAAUGUCUCACCCUCCACGGCGUUACCUGCCCCCUCUGGACACGUCCAGGACUGACCCCGUGGUUCUGAUCUUUGCCGAAAGUAUUUAUUCUCAGCUGAUACAAGAGAUUGUGACUAUUUUGGAAUCGAGCCGCUUUAAAUACAGGACAGAGAUAGCCCCGGGGAAAGGGGAUGUGCCGACACUAACAGAGAAAAAUAGGGGACGUUUUGCCCUCAUAGUGUAUGAAAAUAUUUUGAAGUAUGUGAAUCUGGAUGCCUGGAAUAGAGAGUUGCUGGACAAGUACUGCAUAGAGUAUGGUGUGGGAAUUAUUGCUUUCUUCAAAGCCAACGAGAACAGCUUGCUAAGCGCGCAGCUUAAAGGGUUUCCUCUGUACCUGCACUCAAACCUUGGCCUGAAGGAUUACCACGUCAACCCCAACGCACCCCUGCUUUAUGUCACUCGAGCUAACCAGGUGGAGCAAGGCCCGUUGCCAGGUGACGACUGGACUAUCUUUCAGUCCAACCACAGCACCUACGAGCCAGUGCUGCUGGCCAGUACGAAGUCAGCAGAGCACAUCCCCCAUCUGAACAGCCACAAGGCACUGCACGCCACGGUGGUCCAGGACUUGGGUUUGCACGAUGGUAUCCAAAGGGUCUUCUUCGGGAACACCCUGAACUUCUGGUUACACAAGCUGAUUUUCGUUGACGCGAUCGCCUACCUCACUGGCAAACGACUGUGUCUGUCCCUGGAUCGCUACCUAUUGGUGGACAUUGAUGACAUCUUUGUGGGGAAGGAAGGCACUAGGAUGAAAGUGCUGGAUGUUGAGGCUUUGCUUCUGUCACAAAACAAGCUGAGAACUCUGGUCCCAAACUUCACCUUCAAUCUUGGUUUUUCCGGCAAGUUCUACCAUACAGGGGCCAGUGAGGAAGACGAGGGCGAUGACAUGCUGCUGAAGCACCGGAACGAAUUUUGGUGGUUCCCCCACAUGUGGAGCCACAUGCAGCCCCACCUCUUCCACAACGAGACUGUCUUGGCCGAGCAGAUGAAACUUAACAAACAGUUUGCACUGGAAUCCCAAGGUCUAGACAACUGGAUGGAUGUCCUAGCAGAAAAGACAGUGGAACAGCAAUGGCAGGACCAUGGAAUCCCGAUCAACAUGGGCUACGCCGUUGCCCCUCAUCAUUCAGGAGUGUAUCCUGUCCACACACAGCUGUACAAGGCUUGGAAAUCCAUCUGGGGAAUCAAGGUCACAAGCACAGAGGAGUAUCCCCACCUGAAGCCAGCACGGUAUCGCAGGGGAUUUAUCCACAACGGCAUUAUGGUUCUGCCCCGCCAAACCUGUGGGCUGUUUACACACACUAUCUUUUACAAUGAAUAUCCUGGAGGAUCCAAGGAACUAGAUAAAAGUAUUCAGGGUGGAGAGCUCUUCCUGACGGUACUGCUUAAUCCGAUCAGCAUCUUCAUGACUCACCUGUCAAACUACGGCAACGACCGGCUUGGCCUGUACACUUUUGAGAGUCUGGUGAAGUUCGUGCAGUGCUGGACUAACCUGAAGCUGCAGACGCUGCCCCCUGUUGAACUGGCUGCCAAAUACUUUGAGCUUUUCCCGGAGGAGAAGGACCCCGUGUGGCAGAACCCUUGCGAUGACAAACGGCACAAGGAUAUUUGGUCAAAAGAGAAGACUUGUGACAGGCUCCCCAAGUUCCUCAUCGUGGGCCCACAAAAAACUGGCACUACAGCUUUGCACUUUUUCCUGUCUUUGCAUCCUGGAAUUAUGAGUAAUUUCCCCAGUCCGGUCACCUAUGAGGAGAUUCAGUUCUUCAAUGGGGCCAACUAUCACAAAGGAAUAGACUGGUACAUGGAUUUCUUCCCCAUCCCGUCAAAUGUGAGCACAGACUUCACGUUUGAGAAGAGUGCAAAUUACUUUGAAUCGGAAGUGGUCCCCAAGAGGGCUGCAGCGCUGCUACCCCGGGCAAAGAUCAUCACCAUCCUGAUUAACCCUGCGGAGCGAGCUUAUUCCUGGUAUCAGCACCAGCGAGCUCACCAACUGCCGGCUGCCCUGAACUUCACCUUCUACCAGGUGAUCCGCGCCGGCCCAGAUGCUCCUCCAGAAGUUCGCCUUCUGCAGAACCGCUGCUUGAUUCCCGGCUGGUACGCCACCCACAUUGAAAGGUGGCUAGCGUACUAUCCACCUUCCCAGCUUCUUAUCGUCAACGGCUUAGAGCUGCGUAACAACCCAGUUGCUGUCAUGGAGAACGUGCAGAAGUUCCUCGGUGUAACCCCUCACCUAAACUACACUCAGGCACUGAUGUACGAUGACAACAAGAACUUUUGGUGCCAGAUUGCAGAAGGUGGAAAGUCAAAGUGUCUCGGCAAGAGUAAAGGGAGGAAAUACCCAGAGAUGGAUUCACUGUCACGAACAUUCCUGAUGAACUAUUACAAGGAAUACAACAUUGAACUGUCGAAGCAGCUGAACCGAUUGGGUCAGGCGCUGCCCAGCUGGCUGAGAGAGGAGCUACAACACAGCAGUUGGAGCUGAACUCGGGGCCCAGCCCACUGCCGUCGCUCUGCCAACGCCUGCUGGAAUCUUUCCUUCCUUUCAGAAAAAUUCAGCUGGCGCCCACCCACGGAUAGCACCUCGGGGGAAGGCAGUGUUGAGUUCGGUGCGAGGUUCCCGGGGACAAACAGAGAGCAGCCGCCAUCCUCGAGCCCCGACUGAAGGCAGCGUUUGUGUUGGUGAGCUGCCGGCGAGGGCCUAUGGCGGGAAGUACUUUGCACAAGCCACAAACACGGGACCUCGUGUCGGGCCAGUAGUGGUUUUACAGUGUACGUGACCACUUUGAAAUACUGAAGAGUACAGUGUUGAAGUAUAAUCCCUUGUCAAACUAUGGAAUAAUUGUUACAUCAGCUGCUUUGACACCAGUAGGGUCCUGGCCCCUAAAAUGGCGACAUUUCUACCCAGCACAGUGUGUAACUAACACUUGCUGUAAACCAGGUACUAAUCACGGUGGAUACCCAUUAAUUAUUAAAAUUGUACAUAUUUCCUUUUUUUGGGGCAAUUCACAGCUGCAGUCCGGGGGGAGUGGACAGUACACCAAGACAAGGGUUGUAGUUAACCAUUACCUCAUCAUUCAUGCUCCCAACUGUCUCUGGUAUCUGGAAUGUUGUGUGCAAAUUUAGUUUCUAAAAUGAAGAGUAAUCAGUGCUAGUGUUUAAAGAAAAGCCACUUUUCUCUAUCUGUGUACUGUCUCAAGAAUUACUAGUUAGACUUACUACAUUUUAAUCGAGGCCACCUAGCAGAUUUAAACUUGGGCCAGUGAGGAUUUCAGCUUCUUGUUUUGAACAGAACAAGCUGUAGCAAGAACCCUCCCUCCCCCAAACAUUUAUGUUGGACUUACUUCAUCUCCCAGUACAUCUCACUUAUUGUGUGUCAUUCACAUUGAAUGAUGUUAUUGGAGAAUUUUACUCUCAAACAGCUGAACGUAUGUUCUGAGAUGCAGCAUUCAGUGGAGCGAGGUUUUUUUUGGGUGUAAAUUUUGUGUGGUUAAAUGUGAUGUACUUUGUAAGGCCUUAAAUACUGGCUGGCACAAGAACGUUUGUGUACAUACUAUAUUGAAAACCAGUCCAGCCAAAACGAGCAGACGUGCCUGGGAAUCCUCACAACUGUGAAUUAAAACCAAAAAAUCAAUGGCAAGAUAAUUGCAACUUCCUUGAUCUGUUGUUAUCAUCAGUAAAUUUGAUGUAAGCAUCUCCAUUCUGCAGUCAAGCAUUUAAAAAUAAUAGAGGGUCUGUUCAAGUGUA